AUGUCCGACUCCCCCCAAUCCAAUUCAAAGGAUGUCGAACAAGGUGCACCGUCACCCGGAGAGGAACCACAAAUGAACGACCCUCAGGACCCACACUCGAGCGGGCUCAACCAGUAUGAGUUCGAAGUCAAGGAACAGGACCGGUGGUUGCCCAUAGCCAAUGUCGCUCGCAUUAUGAAGAAUGCGCUUCCCGAAAAUGCAAAAAUAGCCAAAGAGGCGAAGGAGUGCAUGCAAGAGUGCGUUAGCGAGUUCAUCUCGUUUAUCACCAGUGAAGCCUCGGAAAAAUGCCAGCAAGAAAAGCGCAAGACGGUCAACGGCGAGGACAUCUUGUUCGCUAUGACGUCUCUGGGAUUUGAAAACUAUGCAGAGGCUCUAAAGAUCUACCUUUCCAAGUACAGAGAACAGCAGAAUCAGACCAAUCGUAGCGAGAACCAGCAGAACCGACCUAGCAGUCAAGGUUACGGUGCGCCUCAGGGCCAGAACCAACCUGGACAGGGCGGGUUUUCUAGCAAUGACCUCGGUCAGCAGGAGGGCGGUGAUGCUCAAGGCUACAACCUCUACGGCGCCCAGACAGGUCAUAACGGCGGCGGUGCUGAAGGGUACUAG